AUGGAUGUAAAUGAGGAUAUUAACGAAUAUGCGAUGCCGCUGACGAGACAACACAAGGAGAUAGCCGAGCUUCAGGCUGAACGAGACAAACUACAAGAUAUUGCUGCUAACGAAUCGAGCGAACUUGCCAUCGAUGAAGUGUUAAAACAAACCAGACAGGAGAGACGUGACGUCACAAAAAGGCACAACGACCUGGAGCUGGAGUUAACCAACGUGAGGUUAGAGACGAGCAAACUAGAUAUGCAGCUGAUGGAAGCCAUCCAACAGAAAGUAGCAAUGUCUGUCCAGGUCGAAGCGUGGGAGUCCGACAUGCAGACAGUGCUUGAGAGUCAGAUGAAGAUGAGGAUACAAGAAGCCGAUUCGUGCGCGGGCAGCAGCAGCGUCGAUGACGUCAUCAUCACCCAAAACAAGCAGGAGGAGCAGGAGAUACAGGACGAGCUGCUGGGUACGGCUGAGAAGCGUGUCUCACUCAAGUCCCAAAUCAAACUCAUGCGAGAGGAACUGAUCGAGGGAAAUAAACGUACUCACGAGAUGAAGAUGAAGGUCGACUUGCUAGAAAAGGAUCUGAAGAAAAAGAACGAAGAGCUUAGCAUACUCACACAACGGGAGAUAGCCGGAUGCUUCAGGCUGAACGAGACAAACUACAACGACAUUGCUGCUAACGAAUCGACGCGAAACUUUGCAUCGAUGAAGUGUAUAAACAAACCAGACACGGAGAGACGUGACGUGGUCACAAAAAGGCACAACGACCUGGAGCUGGAGUUAACCAACGUGAGGUUAGAGACGAGCAAACUAGAUAUGCAGCUGAUGAAAGCCAUCCAACAGAAAGUAGCAAUGUCUGUCCAGGUCGAAGCGUGGGAGUCCGACAUGCAGACAGUGCUUGAGAGUCAGAUGAAGAUGAGGAUACAAGAAGCCGAUUCGUGCGCGGGCAGCAGCAGCGUCGAUGACGUCAUCAUCACCCAAGCAACAACGCCGUCAGGUUCAAAAAACAUCCUUAGAUUGUUCCGCAGAUCGUAG